UCAUGGUUUUGCGUUAUGCUUUCCUCCAUAUGUUCUUCUUGCUUUCACUGGCGGUGGUACCACCGUCAAUUGCUAUCACCACUACCAACAUUACCAAAGCUGGCUGCCAAAACAGAUGUGGUAACGUAGAAAUUCCAUACCCAUUUGGUAUCGGCCCAAAUUGUUAUGAGAACUCAAACUUUAGCAUCCACUGCCAUACUACUUUCAACCCUCCAAAACCUUACCUCCACUUAAAUAUUUCCAGUGAGUUUCCCCAAGAAGUCCCUAAUUACUUAGAGGUUGUUAAUAUCUCAAAAUCCCAAAUCUAUGUUAAGAACUCGGUGCUACAGUUGGCAAGGACAUGCUAUCGCAUGCCAACCAAUUACAAUGCGGAGAAUUAUUCUAUAUACCUCAAUUUUGAUUCUACUCCUUAUACCUUGUCAGAUUCAAAUCAGCUAACAAUAGUUGGUGGUGAUGACUUCGCUCUGAUACAACAAUUUUCAAACCUUACCCAUGAUUACAGCGGUACUGGUUGUCUGUCGUUGUGUCAAAACGUUAAUAAACAUCUCAUCGGAACAUGCCCUGGCAGGUGCUGUUGCCAAACCUCCAUAUCCAAAACUGACUUUCUCAAUGUUGCUCUGGUCGACAUGCAUACUAAUUGGGGAAGAAAGAUAAAAUAUUUGGGGUGUAGUUUUGCCUUCGUUGGAAUGAUAGGAAAACUUGGUAAUAUCAAAUUUAAAUUAUCUGACCUCAAUGAUCCAAGAGCAUUCCGAAAGAAUAAUAAAGAGUUUACGGAUAGGCCAUUGGUAUUAGAUUGGAGAAUUGGUCCUGAUUCGAAUUGCACCAAAACUUCAUGUGGAAAGAAUAGUCGUUGCAUUAACCUCUUGGAUAUCCAUAAUGGAGGAUAUCACUGCAGGUGCAACGAAGGAUAUGAGGGCAAUCCUUACUUAGGGUGCCAAGAUAUCGAUGAAUGCAACAAUAAUCCGUGCACCUCCCAUGGAAUUUGUGUCAACACUUUGGGUUCGUAUAACUGUUAUUGCAAUGAUGGUUAUUAUGGUGAUGGCAAAAAAAAUAGUACCGGUUGUAGACGAGUGCCAAACUCUCAUAGCAAAGUGACAAUAGGAGUAAGUUUGGCCUCAGGACUAGGAUUACUACUUCUAUUACCAACUUGCUUUUGGUUGUACAAGUUCCACGAGAAGAGAAAAAAUAAGAAGCGCAAACAAAAGUUCUUCGAACGAAAUGGUGGACUCCUGCUACAACAACAAAUAUCGAAGGAUGAAGCUAUACUUGAAAAAACACGAGUUUUCACUUCUAAAGAACUAGAGAGAGCAACUGAUCACUUCAAUAAAAGUCGAAUACUUGGUAAAGGAGGUCAAGGGACUGUGUAUAAAGGUAUGUUGUCUGAUGGAAAAAUCGUAGCAAUAAAGAAAUCAAUCUUAAUAGAUGAAAAUCAAUUGGGACAAUUCAUUAAUGAGGUUGUCAUGCUUUCACAAAUCAUUCACAGAAAUAUUGUUAAGCUAUUAGGUUGUUGCCUAGAAACAGAAGUUCCGUUACUAGUUUAUGAAUUCAUUUCCAAUGGAACACUUUUCGAUUAUAUCCAUGAUGAGAGCGAUGAAUUCCCAUUUUUGUGGCAUCGGCGUUUGAAAAUUGCUGUAGAAGUCGCAGAAGCACUUGCGUAUCUUCACUCUGCAACUUCUGUUCCCAUCUAUCACAGAGACAUUAAAUCAUCCAACAUACUUCUUGAUGAAAAAUAUGUAGCAAAAGUUGUUGACUUUGGAACUUCAAUGUCAAUUGCAGCGAAUCGAACUCAUCAAACUACCUUAGUAAAAGGGACAAUGGGAUACUUAGAUCCAGAAUAUUUUCAGUCAAGUCAGUUUACAGAAAAGAGUGAUGUUUAUAGUUUUGGAGUUGUUCUUAUCGAACUCUUGACUGGACAAAAACCAAUAUCUUUUGAUAGAAUAGGAGAGCAAAGGAGCUUAGCAACAUGGUUUUUGCUAUGCAUGGAAGGAAAAGAUCUUGAAACAAUUCUUGACACCGAACUUUUACAUCAAAGUAACAAAGAAGAGCUUAUUGCAGUGGCCAAAGUUGCACAAAGGUGCUUAAAUUUGAAUGGAAAGAAAAGGCCAACUAUGAAAGAAGUAGCCAUGGAGUUGGAGAGUGUUAGAAUGUCUCAAAAACUCUCGACCACUUCUGAAAUGAAAAAUCAAAGUGUACAAAUGCACAAGUCCAAAUCAAUAUUGAUCUCAGAUGACGAUUACCAAUGGACAAGUACUAGUGACAACAUUCCAUCAUCAGACACUUUUCCACUAACGAUUCAGACAAUGUGAUGUCCUUUAGUGGUUUUUAAACAAUUUCCUCAUUUGUAACAACUAUCUAUUUUUGUAAUUAUUUAUUUAAGCUGCUAAUAACAUUCUCUAGAAAUUUUCCAUA